AUGGAAGCUAAAAAAAGAUUUAUGUCUUUUGAUAUAACUAAACUUGUCGAUCCUCCAAUGCCAUCCUAUACUUUUGCCCUUUACAGUCGUGAUUUAUUUGAAAAGUCAAAGUUCAAGGACUAUGACUCGUUACUUGAGAAUAAGAUUGCUCGUUCUCAAGCUAGAGCAAAGCAUUUGGCUUGGAUUCUCGAGAGUGGUAAUGUGACAAGGCCACAUGAGAGUAAAAGGGACAACGGAAAUGUUCCAAAAACAACAAGUGUACAAUUCUUAAAUGCUGAAUAUAUUGCAACUUUUAAUCUUGGCACUGAUGAUCACAAAUUUAAAAGGUACUUGUUAGUAGACACUGGAAGUGAUUUAGUUUGGUGGCAAUGUGGACCAUGUAGCAAAAAUAAGUGUUAUGAACAAAAAAAUGAACCUCUAUAUGAUUUAACUAAGUCGAGAACAUAUCAAAAAGUGAAUUGCAGGGCACAAAGUACAAAAUGUUUACUAAGGCCAAAGAUUAUUGAAUGUAGUUCGUAUGAAAAUACAUGUGUAUAUGAUUACAAUUACGAGGAUGGAGGAAGAACAAAGGGUUGGAUUGCAGAAGACGUGAUUACUUUUGUUUUAGACCAAAAAACAGAAAGGAUUCUUUUUGGAUGUGGCAGAGAUCAAACGAGUGGAAAGCCUUUUGAUGGUGAUUUUUCAGGAAUUGCUGGCCUCGGACGUAGAAGGGCUGGUGGAUAUUCUUUACCAUCGCAAUUUGGGGCGGAUAUAAUGGCCAUAUGUCUACCGGACUUUUUCACCACAGGAAAAUCAACAAUUAGCUUCCACAUAUCACCAUUUAAGAGAAAAACAUCAGCAAAACUAUUACCAAAUCCCGCAUUACCUCUUUUUUAUUUCGUCAACCUUUUUAAAGUUUUUAUUAACGAUAAGGAAGUCCCAUUGCCGCGGAAUAUUGGAAAUGAUAUGAACAGUCGUUAUUUCGUGGAUACAGGAGCAACUUUUUCCUUUUUCCCUAAAGGUAUUUAUAAAGUAUUCCGUGAUACAUUCAGAAAGGAAGCAGGUUUUCCUUUGUAUAAAUCUCCACCUUCACAAUUCGAUACUUGCUAUAAGGCGGAUCCAGGUGUGGCACCAGAUUUCCCCACUGUGAAGAUGUACUUUGGUCAACAAAAACCGGAAAAUUUGUUGUUUCUAGCAGAACGCCUAGUCGUGGUGCAUCAGCAGGGGCUAUUCUGUCUUGCUUUUAUGUCAUGGAAGAACCCCGUCACAAUUAUAGGAAGUUAUCAACUCCAAGGUGUAGGAUUAACUUUUGAUACUGCAACAGAUACUUUGUCUUUUGACAUAGAUGCAUGUGGUGCUGAUUGA